UCACUCUCACUCUCACUCUCACUCUCUCUUUCUUUCUCUCUCUUCCCCCACUGGCAACGAACCUGAUCCAGCAGAUAAUCCAUUCACAACAUAACAAUAGACUAUGCACACAAAGCAAAUCCAAGUUCCAUCAUUGGCCUAAUUGAAAUUCCAUUUCUCUAAACACUCUUUUUUCCUUCUUCAUGGUGGGUUAUAGUGUUAGCACUUAGCAUAAUUUAUCCCUAGUCUCUAUCUCUCUCCCUUUCCUGAAACCCUUUAUAUUAAAGGGUGUCUUGGGGCAUCACUUUGGACCAUUAAGUUGGGAACUGAGGGUCAAAACCAGUUCAUUGUUCAGAGGAAGAUAGACAUACACUUCCUCAAAGAGCUAGGGCUUUUGUCCCUCUCAAAAUUCAUUAAUUGAAAAGAGAAAGAAAUUUUCAAAUGUUUCCUUACAGUUCCAACCCCUCCCCUUCCUUCCCUUCAUCAUCUUCUUCAUACCCUCCUUUUCCUUUUCUCAACCUUGAGAAUGCUUCUGCAAGCAACACUCUUCUUCAUGAUGCACUUUCUGUGCCUUACAUACCAACUCAUCAUAACCCUUCAAGCAUCCAAGAAGCACUGAACAAUUUUCCAGUCACAGAUCAUAACUGUGGUGGUGGCGGUGGCAGUGGUUCUGCAAUGACCAAACCUGACCCUAAUGGUGGUGGUGCUCCUCAGUAUGGCAUUUCUUGUUUUCUCACAAAGAAGCCACCUAAGAAAGACAGGCACAGCAAGAUUUACACCUCUCAGGGCUUGAGGGACCGAAGGGUGAGGUUGUCCAUUGAGAUUGCUCGCAAGUUCUUUGAUCUUCAAGACAUGCUAGGGUUUGACAAAGCCAGCAACACCCUUGAGUGGCUCUUCAACAAGUCCAAGAGAGCAAUUAAGGAGCUUGCAAGGAGCAAGCACAGCAACAACAACAGUGAUGAAGGAGCCAAGAGCUUCUCUUCUUCAUCUGAUUGUGAAGAUGGCUGUGAAGUGGUUUCUGAGAUCAAGCACAAACAACAACAACUCAUCACUUGUGAUGCUGCUGCUACUACUCCACACAACCUACAACAAGGGUUGGAUUCAGGUGAUAACAAGUCACCAACAACAUUGAUGGCUGCAAAGGAGAGGAUGAAGUUGAAGAGGACACAGAAGGAACCUGCAAAGAUGAAGGAGUCAAGGGAGAAAGCAAGAGCAAGAGCAAGGGAAAGGACUAGUAACAAGAUUAUUAUGUGCAAUGUUAACACCAACAACACAGGAGGGAAGGUGCUACAAGACUUGAAGAAAAAGUGCCCUGCAAUUGAAAACAACCACACUCAAAUUAUGCAUCAAUCAAGGUCAUCACCUACUCAUCACCCUCACCACCUUGUGGGAAAUGAAACACCUAGAGAUGACUUCAACGUUAUUGAGGAAUCAAUUGUGAUCAAGAGAAAGUUGAAACCAUCUUUGAUGUCCUCUUCUGAUCAUCAUCAUCAUCAUCACCAAAACCUUGUGAUGCCUAAGGAACCACCAAGCUUCAACAACAACAACAGUGAGUACCACCCCUUCUCCAAUUUGUCUCCGAAUUGGGAUGCUAAUGGUUCCACUGGUCGCUCCAACUUCUGUGCCAUAGCUAGCAUGAAUCUAUCCACAGGGCUUCAAAUCUUUGGAAAGUCUUGGGAGGAGUGCAUCAAUCCACGUUAAUUUGCACUAGAGUGUGUGUGUGUGUUAGCUUUUCCCUUCUCUCUCUUUUUUUUUUUUUUUUUCUUUUUCAGUAUCAUCUGAUUCGAAUGAAACUCUUGUAGUUGGUUGGCCAAGAAAUCAUAUGGAGGCAUCUUUCUGUGUUUUCCACCAGAAACUCGUCCUAUAUUCCCUUUCCACAAUGUUUGUACCUCUUCUACCUUUUGCUCAUCAUCAUCUCAGCCAAUGGCGUGUGACAGUUGGCAGAAAGGUUGCUGCUGCUUGUAUUGGUUUCUGACCAAUAUUUAAAGUGUGGUUGGCAUUGCAUAAUGCCAAUUAUAUAUAAGUUAUCAAGAAACUGUUCCUUCUAGCAGAUUUUAAAUAUUUAUAUAUUUGGUUAAUAUUUUUCAACAGUGGCUAAUAUUUUUAUAUUCCUUGGUUAUUAAAAGCAUUUCAAGAAGUUAUAUGCUUUGUUGCAAGAGGAGGUGCAUGAUGGUACAGAAGAAAUCUCAAGGUCUUUCGGCUUCUAUUUGUACCUGCUUAUUUACAUUAUCAAUCAAUAAACUGGAAAUACAAGACAACUCAUAAAUAUACUGGUUUUCUUAGUAUAAAGAGAUUACAUAUAUAGAUCGAUCAAAUUCAACUUAAAUACGGAAGAACAGAAGCUAACCACGUUAAUUAAAAUUUGACAUCAUACAAGAUUGUCAAAAUCCUAGAGAAAUUCUGACAACUAAUUAAUG